AUUGGAAUUGGGAACGAAGAAGCUGUGAAACCAAUAUCUUUAAUUACAUAAGGCUGCUUUUCCUCUCUAUUUACUCAGUCGCCAAUCACUCCUUUUUUAUUCUUAUUUUGGUUAAUGAGUUCAUUGUCCUUGCAAACGGAUUGAUUCGGAUAAUAUCAUUCGGAACUGGCAAAUAGAAAGGCUUUUUGUUAUUGUUUGAGCUUGCCCCAGCUUGAAAAGAUUGGUGAAGAAGAUGCCUAGAGAUCUCUCAAGGUCGCGAUCACCUUCUAGGCGAAGGCGUUCACCGUCACCAGUAGGGCAUAGGAUGAGUAGCCGAAGAAGCAGAAGAGAUAGAAGCCGAUCUCCAUAUUCAUCCUAUUCUCGUAGCAGAAGAAAAAGUCGGUCUGUUUCCCCUAGACGUCGUCGAAGUCGUUCCUUAACUUCUAGACGUCGUCGGAGUCGUUCUCGCAGUCAAAGGCAUUAUAAGCGACCAAGAAGUCGGAGUUCGUCACUAUCUCCUGUUCAUAAAUCCUCUAGUCCAAGUCUUGGGUCAAUAGAGCGCAAGAAUGCUAGUGAAAAAUUGAAAAACCAAGAAGAAGAGAAGAAAAGGCGACAACAAGAAGCAGAACUAAAAUUGUUGGAGGAAGAAACUGCGAAGAGAGUAGAAGAAGCAAUUCGUAGAAAAGUCGAAGAGAAAUUAAAUUCUGAGGAGAUUAGGUUAGAAAUACAAAGGCGCGUGGAAGAGGGACGCAAGAAACUUCUCGAUGACGUUGCAGUUCAAUUAGAGAAAGAAAAGGAAGCUGCUCUUCUUGAAGCUAAACAGAAGGAGGAACAAGCACGAAAAGAGAAAGAAGAGCUAGACAGGAUGCUUGAAGAGAAUCAGAGGAGGGUAGAAGAAGCGCAGCAGAGGGAAGCCUUGGAGCAGCAGCGGAGGGAGGAGGAACGAUAUAGGGAGCUAGAAGAGAUCCAGAGACAAAAAGAAGAGGCGAUGCGGAGAAAGAAGCAAGAGGAGGAGCAAGAACGGAUGAACCAGAUAAAAUUGUUGGGUAAAAACAAAUCCAGGCCAAAGUUGUCAUUUGCAUUUGGCUCCAAAUGAAAUUUUUUAGAAUAAUUUAAUUCAAGCUUGAUUCCCCCUUUAAGUAUCCUUGGGCAUGCUUAGAUGUUUGUAUCUUAUGUUAUUUACCCAACAGUUUCAAUUCUAAGGUUACAUUUAUCA